AAAAUUGUUUGCUUACACUGGGGACAUUUAGUAAGAUCAAAGAAACCUUCCUUGAAACUACUGGAGCUUACACGACUGCCAGGCAGCUCUUGAUGUUUUGCAGAAUCUGAUUGAUCAUACCAGAGCACUGCACACACACAUUAAGUUCCUUCAAAAUGGACUACUUUUUGGAUGUCGAGUCUGCUCAGAGAAUGUUUUACAGUCAAGGAGCCCAAGCUCGUCGGGCAACUCUGCUCACCGUGCCCACACUGAUGUCAGCAUCUUCUGAGGAAGACAUAGACCGGAGACCCAUCAGAAGACUCCGGUCUAAGAGUGACACCCCAUACUUAGAAGAAGCUAGAAUUUGCUUCAACCUUGACACAGCUCGCCGGGCCACGCUGCUCACCGUGCCCACAUUAAUGGCGGCAUCUUCCGAGGAGGACAUCGACCGCAGACCCAUCCGCCGCGUCCGCUCCAAAAGCGACACUCCGUACCUCGCCGAGGCCCGCAUCUCCUUCAACCUCGAGGCAGCUUCUCUGCGGGGAAGGAAUCCAAGUCUGCAAAACGUUUGCCAGGGAUCUCCAGAUGUGAAGCAAGCCCAUCAGAGCAAUAGACUAAGCCUGCCUCUGGACAUUUCGGAGGAAGUGGAAAGACUGGCUGCAAUGCGUUCAGAUUCUCUAGUACCUGGGACCCACACACCUCCAAUCAGAAGAAGAAGCAAAUUUGCCACUCUCGGAAGGUUGUUUAAGCCAUGGAAAUGGAGGAAGAAGAAGAGUGAAAAAUUUAAGCACACUUCUGCAGCUUUGGAAAGAAAGAUAUCAAUGAGGCAAAGCAGAGAGGAGCUUAUAAAACGAGGAGUGCUAAAGGAAAUUUUUGAUAAAGAUGGGGAACUUUCCAUACCAAAUGAAGAAGGAGCUUUGGAGAAUGGGCAGCCUCUGGGCUCUGGACAAGUGCUGAGCUCCAGCCAGGUAUCCCUGCCAGCCCUAGCAGAACUGGAGUCAGGCUCAGCACCUGGGGAACCCUGCUCAUACGAGGUGCUCCCGACCACAGAGAUCAUGGAUGGGACAGAUCCUGGCGCUCCUGUGAAACUGCCUUGUAUGCCAGUUAAACUGUCACCUCCACUACCUCCAAAGAAAGUCAUGAUUUGCAUGCCGUUAGGGGGGCCAGACCUCUCCUCUCUCUCAUCCUAUUCCACACAGAAGAGCUCCCAGCAGCCUUUGACUCAGCACCAUCACACUGUCCUGCCAUCCCAGUUAGCAGCUCACCAGCACCAGCUCCAGUACGGCAGCCACAGCCAGCACCUGCCUUCUGGGUCCAGCACGUUGCCCAUACACCCUUCAGGGUGCCGGAUGAUAGAGGAACUGAACAAAACACUAGCCAUGACCAUGCAAAGACUAGAAAGCUCUGGUUUACACACAGGUGACAAUGUUACAAAAACGGGACCUGGAGGCCUUCCAGAUAUGAGACAAGUGCCAACUGUUGUGAUCGAAUGCGAUGACAAUAAAGAAAACGUGCCUCAUGAAGCUGACUAUGAAGAUUCUUCCUGUCUCUACCCAAGACAGGAAGAGGAGGAAGAGGAAGAUGAAGAUGAGGAUAACUCGUUAUUUACAAGUUCCCUGGCAAUGAAAGUCUGCAGAAAGGACUCUUUAGCAAUCAAACUCAGCAACAGGCCUUCCAAGCGAGAGUUGGAGGAAAAGAAUAUCCUCCCUAUGCAGACUGAUGAGGAGAGACUCGAACUUAGGCAGCAGAUUGGGACAAAGUUAACAAGACGACUGAGCCAGAGGCCGACAGCUGAAGAAUUGGAGCAGAGGAACAUUCUGAAACCCCGGAACGAGCAAGAGGAGCAGGAAGAAAAACGAGAGAUAAAGAGAAGAUUAACACGUAAGCUGAGUCAGAGGCCCACAGUAGAGGAGCUGCGUGAGAGGAAGAUCCUCAUUCGCUUCAGUGACUACGUGGAAGUGGCCGACGCGCAGGACUAUGACAGGAGGGCAGACAAACCCUGGACGCGACUCACAGCUGCUGACAAAGCAGCCAUUCGUAAAGAGCUUAAUGAAUUUAAAAGCUCUGAAAUGGAAGUUCAUGAAUUAAGUAGGCAUCUAACAAGGUUUCACAGACCGUAGCAGUUAAAUUCUACCUGACUACUAUGCUGUCUUCAGAACAUAACAAAAAGGAACCAUAAGUGCUGGUAUUAUUCACUUCCCUGUUAUGUACAAUGUAAAUCUUACAGACUGCCUUUCUUAAAAAAAAAAAAAAAAAAAAAAAAAAAAAAAGAAAAAAAAGUAGAUGAAUAUUUAAAAAUAUACAAGAAAAUUGUAUGUACGUGUGAUGGGUACUGCAGCAUCAUCGGACCUGCUGGCUCAAGCUUCAAUUAUGGAAAAUACCCCUGGUGGGAAUCGUGCCAAGACGCAGCAUUUAUGUGUAAGACUUUCCUGGCAUGUGGAUUUGCCAUAUGUGUUCAAGCCCAGCUGGUGGGGCAUCCAUUAGUUCAUCUUCAGGUACCCCUCGCCCUGACAAGCCUCUGUCGUCAACCUGAGAGUGCCCUGACAUGGUGUCCAGCGAACCAUGGGCCCAGGUGAAGCCUCCAGCAGACCUGCACCUAUGGCACUAAAGCACUUAUACCAAACACUCCUUUCAGUCUGCAAGCACCUUAUGAGGACAGGGAAAGAGCAGAACUCCUCUGUGGGCCGCUUCAUCUGCAACCAUCAUCUGACUUGAAGCUGCUUGCUUGCCUACUCUGGAAAAGCUUAUGGCAAUGGUUGGCUCCCAAGAACAAAAAAGGACUUCUUACAUGGUCACUGCAUGGCAUUCUCUCAGCCAGUAGGUUGUCAACACAAGUCCAGCAGCAAGAAGGGCUGGGGUUGCCACCUGUGCUGCAGGGGGCACACCAUGGGAGAAUUGGGGCUGAUUAGGGACAGCUAUCCUCCCUCUAUCAGGUGUAAAGAAUGGAUCCUAGAUGUGUACUGAGGAAAGCAUGAUGGUCUGUUAAGUAGCCUAACAGAGGCAGGCUGUUGCAUUGGUAUGGAUGGUGGGACUCCUCACUGGUAGGUGCAGCUGAAGCAUAAGGACAGAAAUCUAGGGGCAAGCUGCUGUGUUUUUAUUUAUUUUUACCAUAGAGGUUU